UAGAGGUCGGCUCCUCUCUGCUUUUCCGUCUUUGAUUUGGAUCUCUUCUUCCAAUGGCUAGCGGGAAGGACCUCAUCGUGAGCUUCGGCGAGAUGCUCAUCGACUUCGUGCCCACGGUCUCCGGCGUGUCAUUGGCGGAGGCGCCUGGGUUCAUCAAGGCCCCAGGCGGCGCCCCGGCCAACGUGGCCAUCGCCGUGGCUCGCCUCGGAGGGCGCGCCGCCUUUCUCGGAAAACUCGGGGACGAUGAGUUCGGCCGCAUGCUGGCCGGCAUCCUGCGCUCCAACGGCGUCGACGACGCCGGAGUUCUGUUCGACACCGGCGCACGAACGGCGCUCGCUUUCGUCACUCUCCGCGCCGACGGCGAGCGCGAGUUCAUGUUCUAUCGAAACCCUAGCGCCGACAUGCUCCUCGAGGAAGGCGAGCUCAACCUCGACGUCAUCAAGAGCGCUGCGGUUUUCCACUACGGAUCUAUAAGUUUGAUCACGGAGCCGUGCAGAUCGGCUCAUCUGAAGGCCAUGCAGGUGGCGAGGGAUGCAGGGGCGUUGCUCUCCUACGACCCCAACCUCCGAUUGCCGCUGUGGCCUUCGGCGGAGUCGGCGCGGGAGCAGAUCAUGAGCAUCUGGGACCAAGCGGACAUCAUCAAGGUCAGCGACGUCGAGCUCGAGUUCCUCACGGGGACGGAUUCGGUGCAGGAUGACGUUGUUUUGACCCUCUGGCGGCCGGAGUUCAAGCUUUUGCUGAUCACCCUGGGGGAGAAGGGAUGCAAAUACUACACCAAGGACUUCCGAGGGAGUUUGGACGGCUUCUCCGUUAACACAGUGGACACCACAGGAGCCGGAGAUGCAUUUGUCGGCGCCAUGCUCACCAAGAUCGUCGCGGACCAAUCUGUGCUACAGAGCGAGGAAAAGCUUAGAGAAGUUCUCAGAUUUGCCAAUGCGUGCGGAGCCAUCACCACCACUAAGAAGGGAGCCAUUCCUGCCCUGCCAAACAAAACUGAAGCUCUGGAGCUUUUGAAGAGAGAUUGAAGUGUUUGGAUCCCUCCCACUGCGUUGCUAUUUUAGUUUUUGUUUUAGUUGGAGUUUAAUUUGUCUAGGCGAUUUGGAGUUUCUGAUGUUUUAUUUUCUCUUUUUCAUAUUUUUCACAUGAUAAAGCAUUUAGAGAAGUGUUUUUGAUCUUUUAAUUUCCUUGAUAUCUAUUACAAUUUAUCAAAAA